AUGCCCCCGCCCUCCAUGGCCGUGCCCUCCGCGGUGCUGCGGGUGGUGCUGGGCGUGGCGGCCCUGGCGGUCCACGCCGGCGCGCAGCCGAAGAGCACGAACAUCAAGUACCACGAGGGGAUCUCCAGGGAGGACAAGUGGAAGCACACCGGCCACAAGGGCAUCACCCUCUGGAUGACGGGCAUGUCCGGGAGUGGCAAGAGCACGAUCAGCGUGGCGCUCGAGAACGCGCUCGUCUCCAACCAGCCGAAGUCCUACUUCGUUUACCGGCUGGACGGGGACAACCUGCGGUUCGGGCUCAACCGCGACCUCGGCUUCGCGCCAGCAGACAGGAAGGAGAACGUGCGCCGCGUGGCCGAGGUCGCGAAGCUCUUCGCAGAGGCGGGCGCGAUUGUCAUCUGCGGGCUCAUCUCGCCCUACAAGGCCGACCGCGAGUUCGCCCGGGAGGUCCACGUGAACGCGUCGUUGCCCUUUAUGGAGGUGUAUGCCGAGGCGUCGAUCGAGGCGCUGACGAAGCGAGAUCCCAAGGGGCUCUGGAAGAAGGCCCUCGCCGGCGAGAUCAAGGGCUUCACCGGCCUGGACGCCCCCUACGAGGCCCCCGAGAACGCGGAGGUGCACGUCAAGACGGAGACGACCCCCGUGCCCGAGGCGGUGAACAUGAUCUUGGCGAAGCUGGACGAGGUUGGCAUCAACCUCCCGCGCACCUUCCGGCCGGUGAGCACGGAACCCGAGGGGUCCUGCGAGUCGAAGUGA